AUGGCUCCUCUCGCCGAGGCCUUUGUCCUUGGGACGGCGCCGCCUGCCCUGCCUGUGUCCAGGCUCGCCUCAAAGCCCAGGUGGGCCAUGCACAAUGCUGAGCCAGGUGUGGGGUCGGCGCUUUCCGCGGCCGCCGCAGUGGUGGCGGGCCUGGCGGCCAAGAGGCGCAUGACGGACAUGCGGGCGGCUGUCGCCACGAGGGCGAGCCCGCCGGAAGAGACGAACUCGGUGGCAGAAGCCAAGGCUUCGCAGGAUUCGCUGGAGUCAUCAGCCCCAGAUGCUGGCCAAGGCGCCCUGUCGCAGCGACUGCGGCAGCGGCUGGCGUCCACGAUUGCUGAGCAGGAGUCCCAGGUGGAGGCCGUCCCAAGCGAGGAGCAGAAGCGAAUUGUUCAGCAGGAGGUCGACUUGAAUGGCAUCGAUCCCGUAGCCUGCUUCCUUGGAGCAGCUCCUGUUGCAGCCUUGAGCUACGGCUUCUGGACCUUUACGUCACGCUCUGCCGAGUGGUUCUACAACCAUCCUGUGGAGAGCGACUUCUACCCUGUCCAGCGGCUUGGGCUGGUCUUCCAAGCUGCUGUCGUCGGCCUGAGCUCCCUGGCUGCUGGCAUCUUCGGCUUCACGGCCCUGGGCAUCCUGCUCUUGGGCGUGCGGGUCAGCUUUGGUGUCAUGUCUGGCGAGCUGGACCCAGCUGACAAGAGCAAAGGCAUAGGCAAGCGUUCCACAGCAGAAACCGUCCUGGAUGUGUUCACCAAAGAUCCGGUGGAGGUGGUAAAGGCGGAGAAGGAGCGGAAGCUGCAAGCAGAGCGAAAGAAGGAUGCGGCAUAG